AUGACAUGCAUCAUCGGAUACCGCAGAACAGGGGCUGAUCCCGCAGCAGCAGACGAGAACGAGACGCAAGCCAGCGCGAGCGAGAACCAGCUGGAUGGCGCCAGGCUAGGUAACAAGCCCCUCGUCUGUGCUAAGGGCCCUAUAUCACCACCGGGUGUAACACCUUUAAACACAGCUUUCUCUGUGGCCGAAGUUUACUACGGAGUGCGAGUUGCAGGGCCCACGAUCGAUGUAAUUUACUGGCGUACCAGGCCUGUACCACUCGCUCGCUGCCUUGUUGGUCACACCGACAAUUCCGUGCUCUCCUUCCUUACCUCUGGCCAUCUUUGCUUCUGUUUUCUUUUCUUCUUCCUUCCGCUCCCUUUUUCUGCUCAUCGUAUCCUUCCCCUCUCUCUUAAGCACGACGAGGGCCUGUCAAAAUACCGACGUUCUCGGGUGGUGGACAUGGACGAAUCCUGCGGAGCCCUAUCAUCAAACAAUUCAGGGGCAGACAUGUUUCUUCUCAGCUGA